AUGGGCCAAUUUAUUCCAGCACUGCACACGAAAUUUUCUUUCACAUUUUCUUCCUCAUCAACAGCUUGGGCAAGCUCUAGUCGACGGCAACUUUGCUGCGAUGCUGAGGGCUUGCCUAAGUCUGGCCAAUUUGUAAGAAUAAUAGAUGUGUAUUUCUCUCCAAAAUAUCAUGACCCGUCACGACGUAACGAAUUUGUAAAAGAGUUAACACCUUCUGAUAAUCGUUUCCUAUGCACUUCUUUGGCUCUCACAUAG